GCCGUUGAAACUCAAAAAGACGAAUAAGAAGAAGAUCCAAUGUGGCGGCGCCCUACAGCAGCGUUUACUGACAGGGAAUGACUUAGGUCACAAUAGCAUCUUAAAUCUUGAAAACUAUAUAAGAAGUACAUUGAUAUAGUAAUAUGCUUCCAGAAACGGCCCAGUGUUUGAAAACGGCGGCUCCGUUGUUUUCUCAAACCGUUUUCUUGAAGGAUUUGAGACGGUUGUCCACACAUGGAGGAGCCAUGGCCAGCCACCUUCAGGCCCGGAGACACUUCGCUGUCAGCCGCUGUCUGACAGCCAAGGUUCCCCCUGAGCGCAAACCCAGGGAGAGAGUGGAGAUCCCCGGGCUGGAGAUGGUCACCUACGGGGAGAGGAUGCACUAUGUGCCGGGGCUGUCUAAGCCCGUUCACCCACAGUGGGAGAGGGACUACAAGGACCCGAGACAUUACAGGUCUCCUCCGGCUCACGAGAUGCCGCUGUACAAAGAAAAACCGUGCUAUGUGUACAACCAGAGGACCAGCGCACUGGAAGGUGUGCGUCAGGCUCUGUGGUUGACCAAAACCAAAUUGAUCUGUGGUCUGCCGCCUCAGCUCCUCUCAUUGGCAGAGAGUCCUGCCAAUCAGAUACCAGAUCAGGAUGAACGUGUGCAGAACGCCAUCAAACAUGCCCGCUUCUGGGACACGACAGAGGAACGACCGGGCAAAGAGAAAUACAGCAACACUUUGCUCUUGAACCUGCUCCAUCUAUGUGCAACUCUACAGUCCAGCCACCCAGCGAUUGGAAGGAGGAUCCUUGCUGAGAAAUACUCAUUGGCAGCCACAUGGAAAAGAGGUGAGGACCUGUUCCAGAUUCGAGGUCAGAAUGGUUUACUGCAAAACUGCAUGGAUCCUCUCCCAGAGGUUUCUGGGAAACAGGAAGUGGGCGACACAGCAGAUCAUGUCCUGGAAACCUUCUAUCCUGUCUCCCCUACCAUCGACCUGCAGAAAGUAAACGUGUACAAGGAGAUGAACUGCUCAGGUUUCAGGGGUGACUACCCUUAUCCUCAUGCCCACACACUUUACUUUCUGGAGGGAGCUGAUCCUCGCUGUAAGCUCCGGCCAGAACAGUUCAGAGCCAAGAUGUUCAUGUUCACCUUUGGAAAUGCUCUGGUCCGUGCACACAACCUGUAUGGGCCCCAGCGUGUACUAGAUCGUCCUGUAACAGUUCAGGCAGUAGGGACCAACGGCAGAAUUUUCCAGUUUAUGGUUUUCCAGCUCAACACCACAGAUCUCUCAGGAGACGACGGCAUCAAGAACCAGGUGUGGCUGGAUGAAGAUGUUGAGCUCUACGACUUUGCAAAAGUCCGACCACUCAUCAAGAAGAAGCAAGUGAAGGUACCAGCUGGUCUGGCAGGAUACAAGCCUGAAACAUUCAGCAAGUUCUUGGCCCUGUACCUACACGGGGCUGUGUAGGACUGUAGUGUGUGUGUGUGUGUGUGUGUGUGUGUGUGUGUGUGUGUGUGUGUGUGUGUGUGUGUGUGUGUGUGUGCGCGCGCGUGCUCUGAGCAGUGGGUAUGUGUGUGUGUGUGUGUACUCUGAGCAGUGAGUAUGUGUGUGUUUGUAUGUGUGUGUCUGGGAUCUAAACCAACUUUAGUCCUGACCUGCAUCACACUGUAUUGUCUGGAUAAUUUGGAUGGACUGAAACUACAAAACCAAUUUCAACACACUGACUCCAUGCCUCUGUUUGUUCUUGUAACUGUGAGACCUCACUCAAUAAAAAAAAGUUGUUCCGAAUAUGUA